AUGGUCGAGCUCAGGCAGUUUGUUGCCGUGAACGGGCUCUCGCUCGACGCCCCCGCGGCGGCCGACCUGGCGCUGACGAACUGCGCCAACUUCGCCUGGGCCGAGGGUCUCGACAAGGGCGCGGUCCAGCGGGUCUACGCGGCGUUCGUCUCGGAGCACCCCGACUUUUCCCGGCGCGGUGGGCUGCGCCUCCCGCGGCUGUCGCGGGCGCUGCAGGGAUGGGAGCGGCUCGACCCAGGAGUCGCACGCCCCCCGAUCCCUUGGGUGGUGACUGCUCUGAUUGCCCAGGUCAUGAUCACGACCCUCAAGCAACCAGCGGCCGCCCUGAUGGUGCUCACCAUGUUCCUGGCCUACCUGCGCCCCUCCGAGGCGGAAGGCCUUCUGGAGCAGGACCUGGUGCCGCCCACGACGUCGUCGCCUUUCUUCGCCGUGAACCUGCACCCCAGCGACCGCGGCGAGGUGAGCAAGGUCAGGCUGUCCGACGAGUCCCUCCUGCUGGACUCCACGGAGGCGCUGUGGCUCGGGGAGGCGCUCCAGAGCUUGAAGGCGGGGCUGCCCUCUCGGCCGCUCUUCGACCUGACGGUGCUGCAGCUGCGGGGCGUCUGGGCCGCCGCGCUCCGCGCCCUGGGCAUCCCCGACAGGUUCGUGCUGUGCCAGCUCCGGCACGGGGGCCCCUCCCACGACCGGCUCCGGCGGCAGCGCUCGCUGCCCGAGAUCAAGGAGCGCGGAAGGUGGGCCUCCGACAAGAGCGUCAGGCGCUACGAGGCCCACGCCCUCGUCCAGCAGCAGGAGGCCUCGCUGCCCCCCGCGCUGCUCGGGCGGGCACGGGAGGCGCCAGGCCAGCUCGAAGGGCUGGUGUUGACGUUCCUCGGGCUGCGCGGCUCAGGGAUCCCGCCCUUCGCCGAGCUCAUGUGCGGGUCCGCUCACCUCGCGGCCGCCGUCGGCGAGUGCGGGCUUGCUGCCGGGGGCUGGGGCUACAUCGACGGGGCUGCGGCCGACCUCGAGGUCCCCGCAGUGAUCGAGGGCUUCCGGCAGCGCAUCCGCCAGCGUCGACUGUGCGGCCUGCACUUCGGCCUGGAUUGCAAGACUUGGUCGAGGGCCAGAAAGAAUGACGGCCUUGGGCCGCCGCCGCUGCGUAGUGACCAUCAUAUUUUUGGCCUGCCUGCUUUCGCUCCCGCCGAUCAGAGGAAGAUAGACAGCGCAAAUGUAAUUUUCAGAAACAUCCUAAGCCUGGUCGAGGAGGCUGUCGCCGCCAACCUUUUCGUGCUGAUUGAAAAUCCUGCCUCGUCUAGGCUCUGGAUGACGCCGCAAUUGCUUGACUUGGCUAAUGCAUACAAGGCAAAGUUCCAUCGUGUGGAUUACUGCCAGUGCAACGUGCCGUGGCGGAAAGCCACGAUCUUUCUGACCUUUAACUUGCCAGAAUUAGAUGAUGUUCUG